AUGUGUUCUACUUUGGUUGUGUUUGGUCGGCUUCACUUCUCCUCCCUCAAGACUCAGCUCCUUCAGCUAGUGCUUGGUGGCUGCUACCAAGGAAGUCGUUGGGCUUUGCCUCCUGUUGGGUUUCUUGUUUAUUUACCGGCUUUGGGUUGUGUGCUUGCUGGGCUGGUUGGGUUUGUCGGCCUCUGUGUCUCCGUUUUGUAUAAUUUGUUCUUUAACUCUGCUCUUGUGCUUAGAGGUGACAUCCUGAGCUUGGUUUACAAGAAAAUAGCACAUUCUAAGUUCAGAAGCUCGAUAAUAUGGAACACAUCUGCCUAUAAAAAGAGGGUCUCUGUUGCUGUGGAACAUACAACUACUAAGAUCAUCACCAUGGCCAGUUUUGCUUCUCUAUGCUCUCUGCUUUUGAUAGUUUCUUAUGUUUCCUACUUCUGUACUGUUUCGGAGGCACAGCCCUCAGUUCCUGUAGUUAAAGGGCUCUCAUGGUCCUUCUAUGAAACUAGCUGUCCUAAGCUCGACUCCAUUGUCAGGAAGCAGCUUAAGAAGGUCUUCAAGGAAGACAUUGGUCAGGCUGCUGGCUUGCUUCGUCUGCAUUUCCAUGACUGCUUUGUUCAGGGAUGUGAUGGGUCAGUUUUGCUGGAUGGAUCAGCCAGUGGUCCAAGUGAGCAACAGGCACCUCCAAAUCUGAGUUUGAGAGCCAAAGCCUUCGAAAUCAUCAAUGACCUCCGUGAGAGAGUUCACAGCAAAUGUGGGAGGGUUGUUUCUUGUGCUGAUAUAACUGCUCUUGCUGCUAGGGAUGCUGUUUUCCUGUCGGGUGGCCCGGACUAUGAAGUACCACUUGGAAGAAAGGAUGGACUAAACUUCGCAACAAGGAAUGAAACUCUUGCUAACCUCCCCCCACCAACAAGCAACACCACAAAACUCUUGACAGAUCUUGCCAAGAAGAACUUGGAUGCCACUGAUGUCGUUGCUCUCUCUGGUGGCCACACCAUCGGCCUUGGCCACUGUACCUCCUUCACUGGCAGGUUAUAUCCUCAAGAUCCUACUAUGGACAAAACUUUUGCCAAUGACCUUAAGGAAGUAUGUCCAACAGCAACCACCAAUGCCACAACCGUGCUUGAUAUCCGCUCGCCUGAUACAUUCGACAACAAGUACUAUGUUGAUCUCAUGAACCGCCAAGGUCUAUUCACAUCGGACCAAGACUUGUACACGGAUAAAAGAACACGCGACAUUGUCAAAAGCUUUGCUGUAAAUCAGACAUUGUUCUUUGAGAAGUUUGUUCAUUCAAUGAUCAAGAUGGGGCAAUUGAGCGUGCUAACUGGUUCUAAAGGCGAAAUUCGUGCUGAUUGCUCGGUGAGGAACUCAGACAAUGCUAAUUACUUGCGCUCCGUUGUGGAAGAGGAUGAGGAGAGCUUGUCUGAGUUGUAAGGACUGAAUUUGAAAUUCGUCCAACAUGUUG